CUGGAAAACGAGAAAGGUUUUUACUUUCUAGCUCCGACGACUAGAACCCUACUCAGAGCUCAGCUGACAGCGCUCUUCCAUCCAUGAAAUUCCCCCUUCGUUCCAUUCUCGGUACACCCUUGCACUAAAUCCGAUAAAAGCUACGUUUUUUCGUUCCGUCAUUCCGUCUAGUACUGAUCUCCAAUGUUGUGUACCCCCGCAGGUGCCCGGCCGGCGGUCAUCCGAGCUCUGGGCCGCCGGUACUUCGCCGCAGCCGCUUCUACGGAGGAAUACGCCAAGCGGAAUUAUGCCAAUAAUGUCUCCGAAUACAACACCGUCGUUGCUUCCCUCACUUCUCAGCGGAGGGGUUAUUUGUUGAGAGAUGUCUACGAUGAUAUGGUGCUGGAUGGAGUGCAGCCGGGUCGAGAUGUCUUCCAUUCUUUGAUUGUUGGAACCAUGAAAAGUGCUCGCUUGCAGGAUGCUUUCUACUUCAGAGAUGAAAUGAAAGCUAUGGGCUUGGUUCCCGAUGUAGCGGUGUACAAUUUCUUAAUUUCGAUGUGUGGCAAGUGCAAGAACUCUGACCAAGCAAUUCAGAUUUUAGAAGAAAUGAAGAGAUCCGAAGUGAAGCCAAAUGGACAAACCUUUGUGUGUCUACUCAAUGCCUGUGCAGCAACUGGCCGGCUAGAUCGUGUGUAUGCAAUUGUCCGUGAUAUGACUGCAGCUGGCGCUGGCUUGAACAAAUUCUGCUAUGCAGGACUAAUAACUGCUCAUCUUAACAAGACACCUCGUGGAGAUGAUACAGCCAGCAAGAUUAUUGAGUUAGUCGAGCAAUCAAAGGGAUGGUCAUCGGUUGAUGGAGCAACUUAUGCUGCUGAAAAUGUGGCGAGGGGUGUAUCUGAAGAGGAGUUAUAUAAUUUGCCAACAGCUGAAUACAUUCAUCGGCGUGGAGGGUUCUUGAACAAGAAACUAACUGUGUAUCAUGUUGCACUCCAUGCUUGUGCAGAACUGAAAGACGUACAGGCUACGGAAGUUUUGUUGGAGAUGCUUCAGAAGGACAAAGAAUCUCCUGAUGUCUUCAUUCUAAUGCAAACAAUGAGGUGCCAUCUACAAUGUGGCGAUCUGGAUCGUGGUCUUGCUAUCUUUGAAGAGUACAUGAAUUCUGGCAAACCUAAUAUGAUGGAGCUCUAUUUGACUCUUAUAGAGGGAGCCAUGGUAGGAUAUACUCCCAAGGGAAUGCAACUUGCACAAGACACACUGGUAAAACUGACCGAGAAGAAUUACUUCUUGAAUCCCAAAAUCGGAAGCGAUCUCCUUCUUGUAGCAGCUGGUGAAGAGACCGGUGGGUACACGACUGCCAAUUACAUAUGGGACUUGAUGCAAGCUCGUAACAUGAUACCCACCUUCCCUGCCGUGGAAGCAUACUACAAAGGCUUGAAGAAACGGGAUAUACCUGAAGAUGAUGCUAGGCUGCUGCUCGUUUCUCGUACUUAUGACAAUCUGCUUGUCAAAUUCGGGCCAAGACCAGCGGUUACGACGAAUAGGCCUCCGAGAACUGCCGAGCCAGAAAUGGAGCAGAAAUCCUCUUCAGUAACGGAAGCCAACCAAGCAUAGGCCCUCUUUACAUGACGCAAGUGGAUAAAAAGUCUUCGUUAUUGGCUCCACUUAAAAAGAAAAUUUCACAGAGAUACCGGACUGUUUUUCCUUGUAGCCCUUUUUGGAAGGAGGAAACACCACAUGACAUAACUUAUGUAGGAGUUCCAUGAUAAGGUUGAUUGAUGCUCUUCCAUACCAGUUAGGAAUCAAAAUUUUAUGUUUUGUGCAUCAACUCGACUCUUGAAUUUUAUCUCUCGUUUCUUACGAAGCAUUUGACAAUGGUGACUCUGAAUGGAGUGAAUCUUUUUGAUUGCUUGAAGAAGGGCAUUAGUUUAUCGUUUGAGUUUAUUCGGAGAAGAGUGGAUAAUUCAAGUACGAUCCUUUUGUAUUCUCUCUCAAUGACGAAUUUCUUGGC